AGAGAGACAGGCAGACACACCUCCACAGGGCAGGCAGCUUCACUAACAGAGAACGAGGCGACCUUUCUGUGCAAUUCAUCCGACCAUAAAGGGGGUUUUGGGGGACUCGAAAGCCGCAUUUUUUUUUUGCCGAAGCUUUUAUACCGGGAUAAUCAGGAGAGUAUGAUAUGUUGAUCCAGACUCGGUUGCUCAGCAGACUGUCCAGUUUGAGGAGGGUGUGGGCGGUGGAUCGAGGUCCUUUCAGCUGACAUUGUGACCCCCAUCGCGGGUUGUGGAGCAGGAGGGAGGUUCACAGGAAGGAGAGAUGGAGAGAACGCAGACCAAAUACAUCAACCGAGGGGAAGAGGAUGAGAUGGAGGUGUGGGGGUUCCUGCCCUGCCGCUGCAGGCUCCUGCUCCUCCUCUUGGGGGCGCUGUGCUCAGGGGGGUUCCUGCUGCUGGUUCUGUUCUGGGUGCCGGAGUGGAGCGUGCGCUGGACCUGCCGGCCGGUACCGCUGAGCCAGGCCCGGGUUCUACUGCUCAGAACCACGGAUGAGUUCGGGUCCUGGUUUCGGGUUCAGGUUCACACUCUGCUGGCCCCUGGCAGUGACCCCCUGGGGACCCCGCAGAAAGGGGCGGAGCCUGCUGGAGAGGCUGAGGGGGAGGGGCCGGAGGGCAGGGACUGCGAGGAGGGGCUACUGCCCAAGACACGCCCACCUCAGAACUGUGAGGUGAGGUUUUUCCAGCACCACACAGUGCGUUACCUCUGGAGCCCCAAGCUGGAUCAUUUCUGGCGGCUGCGUGGUCUGGAUAGUGGGGUCCCCCUGUCUGCCCUCUCCAGCCAGCACAGCGCUGGGCUGAGCCUCGAAACACAGCGAUACCGCAAGCUGUUCUACGGAGCCAAUGAGAUCGAUGUUGAAGUGCCUUCAAUCCCUAAACUCCUGAUCAAGGAGGUUCUGAACCCCUUCUAUAUAUUCCAGGUGUUCAGUGUGGUUCUCUGGUCCCUCGAUGAUUAUUAUUACUACGCCUCUGCCAUCCUCUUCAUGUCAGUGCUGUCGGUGUGCGCCUCUCUCUACACUGUGCGACGGCAAUCCGUUCUGCUUCAUGACAUGGUGGCCGCUCACAAUGUGGUGCGCUGCUCUGUGUACCGAGGAAAGACAGACACGGAGGAGAUCCUGUCCACUGAUUUGGUUCCUGGUGAUGUCAUCGUGAUCCCAGCCAAUGGGAUGAUCAUGCCCUGCGACGCGGCCCUGCUCAGUGGGAGCUGCAUCGUCAACGAGAGCAUGCUGACUGGUGAGACUGGGACCAAACCAAGCGUUCCUGUGAUGAAGACCCAGCUGCCGGCCCCCCCGCGGGGGGAGGAGAGUGGUUCGGUCCAGGAGGAGUUCUACGACCCGGAGGAGCACAAGCGGCACACGCUGUUCUGUGGGCCCCGCGUGAUCCAGACGCGCUACUACAGCGGAGAACACGUGAGAGCGGUGGUGAUCCGCACAGGUGUUUCUCCUCCUCGAAGGGGGGGUCUGGUCAGUUCAAUCCUGUACCCCAAACCCUCUGAUUUCCGGCUGCAUCGCGACGCCUCCCGAUUCCUGCUGUGCCUGGUGGGCGUGGCCGGGCUGGGCAUGGCGUACAGCAUCUGUGUCUCUGUGCUUGAACCCGUGUCCGGUCUGGCCUCGUCUCUCAGGAGAGCGCCGGGGCGCAUCAUCGUGGAGGCUCUUGACAUCAUCACGAUCGCGGUCCCCCCCGCCCUGCCGGCUGCCAUGACCGCUGGGGGCGUGUACGCACAGCACCGCCUGAGGAAGAGGGGCAUCUUCACAACCCGCCCCCAGAGAAUCAACACGAGCGGGCAGAUCAACCUGGUGUGCUUCGACAAGACGGGCACCCUGACCGAGGACGGCCUGGACGUGUGGGGCUUCAGAAGAGUGGAGGAGACAGGUUCGUUCCUCUGGAGCAGCAGGUGGCAGUAG